AUGAAGAGAACAAGAGAAGAGGUUGUUGAUGUAGACAUGAAUAAAGUUUUUAUGCUACUAUCAUAUGGGUUAGAAACCAAGUUCAAAACAUGUUCAUCUUCCCCAAAUGAUGUAUUCGAGUGCAGAACUUGCAGUCGGAGAUUCCCAUCGUUCCAAGCUCUUGGUGGCCACAGAGCAAGCCACAAGAAGCCAAGAACGUUAAUGAACGGGGAUCAGGACACGAAAGGUGAGACCAAAUUGACGCAAAGCAAACUGAAAAGGCACGAGUGCUCCAUAUGCGGGCUGGAGUUUAGUUCGGGGCAAGCUUUAGGGGGUCAUAUGAGAAGGCAUAGAAUGGCGAAUGCUCGGUUUUCUGCUACAGUUCCAGAUGGUGCUGCUGUUGUUGGUACUUCAAAAAUGAAGAUUCCGGUACUAAUGAGAUCGAGUAAUAAUAGCAUGAUGUGUUUGGACAUGGACCUGAACCUGACGCCUUUAGAGAAUGACUUGAAGCUGUUGUUUGGGAAUAUGGCACCAAAAGUUGAUUCUUUGUUUUGAUAAAUUGCUAUAAUCCCUUGCUGAAAUUGUCACCCACUGAUCUCGCCCUUGUAUUCAUUCUUUUGA